AUGGGGUCCAGCACAUCGAAACCAGAGCAAUCGGGCUACCAAUGGAAGGCCUCAGGCACGCCUGGCGUCUCCAUGCCCGUCCUCGACUCCCUGCAGUCCAACCCCGAGACGGAUGCCUCACGUGCCAGGCUCGUUGAGCAGCAGAUCCACGCCCGCGUCGCCGAGGAGCUUAAGAAGCUGCAGAAGCGCGAGGCCGAAGCCCUGGCCGCCGCCCACGAAAAGAUCGCCUCGGCCUCCAAGAGCGGCAGCAGCGACAGCAAGAAAGACGGGGACAACGACACGACCCGCUUCACCGUCGGCAAGGAGGUCGACGCCCUCCGCAAGAAGCUCGAGGAGCGCAAGCAGAUCCGCGCGCUGCCCGAGGACGUGGAGAAGUCGCGCAACAAGGUCAUCGAGUGCCUGCGCACCAACGACCGCCGGCCGCUCGACUGCUGGCAAGAGGUGGAUGACUUCAAGGCCGAGGUCAAGAAGCUGGAGAAGUCGUGGGUCGACAAGGUCGUGUCGUGA